AUGAUUUCAGGGCGUGGUAGAGCGAGGAUUCGUGCGCCUCGGAGGGCUUUCGGACGCGCGGGAGCACAAAAUGAAUUCGAGAUUCAGUGGGAUAUUUUACAAAAUGCCCUCCAAGAGAUUCACGAAAAGAAUGCCGGAACACUCUCUUUCGAACAACUCUAUCGAGCAUCUUACAAAAUCGUUAUGAAGAAAGAAGGGGAUCUACUUUAUGAUAGGGUCAAAGUUUUCGAGGAACAAUGGUUUGCAGGAAAAGUGAUGCCGGCUAUUAGGAAACUUAUUACUACAAACUUGGUUAAUGUGGCUACCGGUGGUGUUUCUGGAACCGCGGCAAACGAACGGAGACUUACCGGCGAGCAAUUUCUGGAAGGAUUGAAAGCUUCAUGGACGGAUCAUAAUGUUUGUAUGAGUAUGACAGCAGAUGUACUCAUGUAUAUGGAUCGUGUCUAUUGUAGCGACAAUCGUAAGGCUUCCAUUUACAUCACUUCCAUGGGCCUCUUUCGAGAUCAUAUUCUUCGUUCACCACUGUUAGAAAACUCAAGCAUCAUCACUUUCGAUAUUCUAAAUUCGGUUAUAUUAGACCAAAUUGGAAUGGAAAGAGAAGGAGAUGUCAUCAAUAGACAUUUGAUCCGUUCUGUUAUCUACAUGCUAGAAGGUCUCUACGAAACCGACGAGGAGAACGAGAGUGACAAGCUAUAUCUUACUGUCUUUGAACCAGCAUUUUUGGUAGCUAGCAGGAAGUUUUACCAAGCCGAAUGUCAAACAUUGUUGAGGGAUUCUCCUGCAAGUACUUGGUUACGUCAAACGAAAAGGCGCCUAGAUGAGGAGAGUGAUCGGUGUGACACGACUAUUUCAAGUUUCACAAUCAAGAAAAUUCAUAAAGUUGUCGAGCAAGAAUUGAUCAGCAGUCAUCUGAAUGAGUUUCUUGCGAUGGAGGGAAGUGGAUUGCAAGCAAUGAUUGAAAAUGAUCGAUUUGAUGAUUUGGCCAUUUUAUAUCAACUCAUUAGUCGCAUAGAUCCAAGCAGAGAUCCACUGAAGGUUGCACUACAAGCUCGUGUGGUACAGCUAGGGUUGGAAAUCAACAAAAUCAUCUCUAAUGGUGAUUUCGGUGGUUCUGUGGCAGCAGAAGAUAACAAAGCUGAAGCAGAAGAGGAGGAUGCGGAAGGUUCGAAGAAGAAGGUCAAACCAAUGAAUGCGGCUGCGAAGCAAACUCUUGCAGCCAUCAAGUGGGUUGAUGAGGUUUUACGAUUGAAGGAUAAGUUUGACAAUAUGUGGAGGACGUGCUUUAUGGAAGAUCUCAUCCUACAAACAGCUAUCACCAAAAGCUUUUCCGAUUUCAUUAAUCUCUUUGAUCGAUGUUCCGAAUUCGUCUCCCUGUUCAUCGAUGACAACCUCAAGCGUGGAAUCAAGGGCAAAACCGAACUUGAAAUUGAUGAAGUUCUGGAUAAGGCCACUACUUUACUCCGAUAUAUUCAGGAUAAAGACAUGUUUGAGAGAUAUUACAAAAAACAUCUUGCGAAACGUUUACUACUCAACAAGUCGGAAAGUACCGAUGUCGAGAAGCAAAUGAUUUCAAGGAUGAAACUAGAAAUUGGCAAUUCGUUUACGACAAAACUGGAGGGCAUGUUUAAGGACAUUACAAUGUCUGAAGAACUUAGUUCUAAUUAUCGCAAUCACAUCAAUAAUCUCGGAGAUAAAGAUAAGAACCAAAUCGAGUUGUCUGCUAUUGUUCUCUCUACGAAUUGUUGGCCUACGGAAAUCAUUGGUGGUAUUCCAUCGCAAGAGGAAGGUCCUCGACAAUCUUGCAAUUGGCCUCCUCAAUUGCAAAAGUUACAAGAUUCUUUCAAAGCAUUUUACCUCAAAGAUCGCAAUGGCCGAAUGUUAACCUGGUUAGGAAAUCUAGGUAAUGCUGAUAUUCGUUGUAAUUUUCCAGCUAUUCCAGGUGAGACAGGGGCGAAGGGUAGGGAGCGGAAGUACGAGUUGAAUGUCAAUACUCAUGGCAUGAUCAUUUUGAUGCUUUUCAAUGAUUUACAGGAUGGACAAGAAUUGUUGUAUGAAGAAAUACAACAACGUUUGAAUAUUACCGAUAAAGACUUACCGCGUGCUCUUAUGCAACUUUCUGGUCCACUAAAAUCUCGAGUUCUUCUUAAGAAACCUGGGAAACCUAACGAAUUACCUAAAAUGGGCGAUACCUUCACAUUGAAUAGUUCUUUCGUCAGCAAAACUGUCAAGAUUAAAGUUCAACCAAUAGGUGGACAAUCAAGCAAGGUUGAAGGAGCUGAUGAGAGAAGACAAACCGAGGAAAGAAAUGAUGAGCAUAGAGGAAGUGUCAUGGACACGGUCAUUGUGCGAAUUAUGAAGGCACGUAAGGAAUGUCCUCAUCAACAACUUGUCGCCGAAGUCAUCUCUCAACUUUCACAACGCUUCCAGCCAAAUAUCAACAUGAUGAAACGAAGAAUAGAAAGUCUUAUUGAAAGAGAAUAUCUGGAAAGAAUUGAAGACGCUAAUAUUCCAACAUACCGGUAUUUGGCUUGA